AUGUCAACACUCGUGGUUGACGUUGCUGCUGCCACGACACGGCCGCUGGCGACGAGUUGGUGGUCGACGUCGUGGUUGUCGAUCGCGAGCGUUGCGACCGGCGCGGCUGCUGGAUCCACACCGAGCGCAGUCGUCGAGACGUCGUCGGUCGCACCGGGAGCGACGAGCGCGUUCGUCGAUGCCCAAUGGCUACAACUGUGGUUUCUCUUCGCUUCCUUGGUCGUACUGGGUAAGCACAUGCUUCAUCUCUGGUACUGCAUCUCACUGUUCCAGGUGGGCGGCGGGCGGGAUCGCGAUUCGUUCGAGCACGAAUGCCGGGUCGUCGGGACACUUUAG